CCAAAGUAGCAAAGGCGCCCCUCUUCCCCAAAGACGCACAGUGAUCAAACCAGUAGAUGCAGAGAUUACAGCCCCACCCGAUAUCUCUAGGGCUGGCAGCUAUUCUAGCCUCGCAUGGAUUGCGCAAAGGCUCCCUCUCUAGAUCGGGAGCAGCAACCGCCUUCCUGGUGGGCUAUCUGACGCUAGCCAACCCAUUUCCCGGGUUCGGAGUUGUGCUCAUAGCCUUCUACCUCACUGGAAGUAGAGCGACCAAGGUCAAGGCGGGAGUCAAAGCCACGUUGGAGAAGGAAGGGUAUGAGGAGGCCGCAGCUGCAGACAAGGGAAAAGGGAAAGGGGCGAGCGAGCACAAGAGUGCUUCGGGUGGACAGAGGGAUGCUUGGCAGGUGCUGAGCAAUGGCCUGACGGGAUGCUUGGGCGCCCUGGCAUUCCGAGUAUUGCAUUCUGGAGAAGUCCCAUCUGGGCAUCUACCCGGGGCCAGUCAGGACGGACUCCUCUCCGCACUCUUCGGUACUUCUCAACCCGCAGUAUGGGAUGCUGGUCGAGGAUUCUGUGCCCUCGACUCCGCGUCGGCCAAUGGCUGGUCCAGAGCAAUCACCAUCUUCGUCCUCGGUCACUUUACCUGCUGCAUGGGCGACGUCCUUGCCUCCGAGGUAAGUCGAGGCGACGCGAGAAGAACGACCAUACUCAAUACGAUAGCUCAAGUGUGACAUGCUUUUCUCCCCCAGCUCGGCAUCCUUGCCUCCUCUCCCCCGCGUCUCCUCACAUCACCCUGGCGCACCGUCCCUCCAGGAACCAAUGGCGGCAUCUCACUCUGGGGCACAACCGCCUCCGCUCUCGGAGGCAGCUUCAU